AUGGCGUCGAACGGCCCGCCUGGGAACGGCGGUAUACCACCCAAUGCGCCUCCUAUGCAAGGACGUGCACCGCAAGGAAACCCAGGGAUGCCUAUGUCGAAUUUGCAGGCGCUUCAGCCUGCCCUGGCCAACAACCCCGAAUUCAUGGCGAUUGUGAAUGCCGCUCGCCAAGGUCGCGUCAGUGAAGAGCAGCUUCAGCAGAUCCGCCUGAUUUUGGCACAACAGCAGCGUCAAAAUGCAGUACAACAACAAGUCAAUGUCGCUCGGCCUGUACAGUCGAUGUAUGGCAAUGAUGCCAAUGGCAUGGCACAACCCCAAAACAACUACCUACAACAGCAGGCACAACAGCAGGCGCAGCAGCAGGCGCAAGCACAAGCACAGCAGAAAGGCCCACCUCUACCUAAUCUUGGACCUCAUGCUCAGCUGCCUCGUCAUGAAGCGACACUUAUGGAAAACUUCAAUCGAGUCAUGUCUCCCCUGAUGUUAAAUAUUUCUCAAAUUGAAGCGUCCCUACGGAACCCGAACCUCUCUGCGCAGGAAAAGCAGCAGCAACAAAACCUGUACAAUGAACUAAAAAGCAAGCAGUUGAGCGCAGACCGUAUGAACAAUGCCCAGGGCACACCCAAGAUGGGCACCAAUGCCUUCCCUUCCACGCCGCAAAGUGGCUCACGCACUCUUCCCACGGAUCUUCAUGCACGAAAAGAAGGACAGGAUACUCCUACCACGGCUGCGAAUGCUCAAGCGGCCGCUGCGAUCCGCCCCUCUGCCUCGCAAGCGAACUGGGCCAAUGGCGCGCCUGCCGCUGCCAUUGCUCAGCCCUCUUCCCUUCUGCCUACGGGCGGCCAAGGUGCUGUGUCGAGUAAUAGUCCGUUGGCCAACCUGAUUUCGCAGCAAACGUCUACACCUCAGCCCUUCCCGAAUGCUUCUGGUCCUCGUCCUACCUUGACGCAGGGCCUGGGUGCCACACCUGUCACCAGUACGCCGCCUGUGCUUGUUCGACCGAACCCGCUUGGCCGUACAGGGAUCCUUGGAAAAAGCUUAGCUACGGCUGGCCGUGGUCAGCAAGGCUGGGAAGAUCUCCUGGGGUUGUCGUCGACCGAUCACCAUGCGCAGACAGACGACAAUCUACACUUGAGUCUUGAUGGAGAGAAUUUGCCUUCACAGCUGGCAGAUCUGCUAGGCUCUUCGUCGUCGAACUCGUUGAAUUUGUCAGGAGCUGCCGCUGGUAGCAACCGUCUUCUUACCAAGCGCAAAGUGCAGGAGCUUGUCAGCGAGAUCGACCCAAGCGAGCAGUUGGAUGGCGACGUGGAGGAUCUUCUAUUGGAAAUUGCAGACGAGUUCAUCGAGAGCGUCACAUCGUUUGGCUGUCGUUUGGCCAAGCACCGAAAGGGCGAUCGUCUGGAAGUCAAAGACAUUCAAUUGCAUCUGGAGCGCAAUUGGAAUUUGCGUGUACCCUUCCCUGGCUCCAUGCCUAUUCCUCCCACACGAACCAAGGCGCCUAACACCACGAAGAAUGCAGCUGGUGGUGCGAAUAACAACUAA